CCAGAAUUGACAAUUCACACAAUGGUGUUUCGGGUGGCAGCGCCGCGGUUCGAGUCGGACCAUGACCACGACCAGGAUGUGAAGCAAAGCAACCGAUUGUUUGACCUCAUGUCGCAUGAGAUCAUCGAGCAGCGCCUGGAAAACCUCAAGAGAAAGCCCAAAUGGACUCAGUGGCUCGAUGCGUACGUCCACAAGUUGGACAGGGAUGGCCACGACGACGACGAGUGGACUCCACGAGGGGGGACGAACGUGACCGCAAAAGGCCGUGAAACCCAUGGAGCUAAGCGAUCCGGCUUCUUCUCGCACGUGUUUUGGACGAUCGUCGGCCUUGUGUCGAUGCCAUUCAUCGUGCUGUUUUGCGUUCCGUUUCAGCGUUUUUACUCACCAUACAUGUGGCCUCUGGGAUGCCAUUCGCCGACGAGCUUCCUCAAGCAAGCAGUGCUCAAUGCAUGCACAAUCGUUUUGAUCGUAGCAGUGGCGUACUGGACCCUCUGCGACGAGCUCCCUACCCGACACAUGGAGACAAACGUGGCGCUGGUGCGGCAGCAUGCGUCCAUUCUGUACUUGAAGCUAGUUCAUUGCGCCCACAACCUACGCGUAUCCGACGACAUUGCCAGCUUGAAGUGGUUGCAAGCGAUCGUGGAAGGGGGCAGCAUGGCGUCAUUCGAGUGGCCUGUCACUGUGCCAAGGGAGUGCCUUGGUCCUAUUCUGGACGCCCUCGUCAUGGCCGCCUUUCUUGGCCUUUUGCUCAACUUUUACUCCAAGUGGUCUAGGUAUGCCAUCUUCACUUUCGUGCUGGUUCAGUAUACGCUUUCUUCGCCAUAUGUGCAAACGGUGUGGACGCCGCGGCCCGCCAUCACGUCGUUAGAGCCUGCAUAUGCGAUGCUGGACGAGCCACUGGUGGUGACUGUGGAGGGCGACCACCUGCAGCCGGGCGGCACUGUCGCAUGGAUUCCAUUUUGGUGCGCGCCGUCGACGUAUGCAUCAUCAGACGCGUUCUUCGUGGGCGACUGCGACAAGCAAUUCGGCGCGCCUUUUGCCGCCGGCGUCGUGCACGUCACGUUCACGUUGGUCGACACGUUCAUCCCGUGCUACAAGCACCCGCCCAACCCAGUGCACCCCCAAGUGUUUGAGUGCUUUGAUGCGUUUCAGAUCCGAGUCAAGACCAGGCAAAACAUACCCGGCUUGUACGUGAAACCAAACACGAUCACGGUCGAGCUCUCGGCGGACGACACCGUCGUCGUUUGAAGCCUCCAGCAUCGCUCUUGUGUAUAUGGCAGCAUCAAAUCUCUAUUUAAUUGCAUGGUGCAGUUUUUUUA